UGUGUGUGUGUGUGUGUGUGUGUGUGUGUGUGUGUGUGUGUGCAGUUCAAACUGGUCACUAUGUAACUGCCGGUGGAAUCGGAGAAUGCUAUCACUUUUGACUGCAGUGCUGGGUUCUGUCCUUACACUUGUUUACUUUCUGGAGAGGAGGCUACAUUGAAAGUAGGAAGUCUGUUAAGUAUUUAUACAAUCUGCUAUAAAAAUGACCUCCCAAAGUGAUGUCCUGAGAAAAAAUCUGAAGACAGUCCAUGGUUACCCCAUGGUCUAUGCUUUUGCGCACAACUGGGAAAGGAUUGAACAGUUCCGCAGCAGGCCAGAUGACAUUGUGAUAGCCACUUACCCCAAAUCAGGUACCACUUGGAUUAGUGAAAUCUUGGAYAUGGUUCUAAAUGGUGGAGAUGUUGAAAAAUGUAAGCGAGAUGUUAUUACUACUAAAGUUCCCAUGCUGGAAAUGGCUGUUCCUGGAUUAAAUAUAUCAGGUAUAGAACACUUAGAGAAGAAUCCAUCACCUCGUCUUGUGAAGACACAUCUACCAACUGACCUUCUUCCUAAGUCUUUCUGGGAGGACAACUGCAAGAUGAUUUAUGUUGCUCGAAAUGCCAAGGAUGUUGCAGUAUCAUUUUACCAUUUUGACUUAAUGAAUAAUUUACACCCUCUUCCUGGAACAUGGGAAGAAUAUCUGGAGAAAUUCAUGACUGGAAAUGUGGCCUAUGGUUCUUGGUUUAAUCACGUUAAGAGCUGGUGGAAGAAAAAGGAAGAACAUCCGAUACUUUUCUUGUACUAUGAAGAUAUGAAAGAGAAUCCAAAGGAGGAAAUCAAGAAGAUUACUGGAUUUUUAGAGAAGAACCUGAAUGAUGAGGUCUUGGAUAAGAUCAUCCAUCACACCUCAUUUGAAGCGAUGAAGGACAAUCCUCUGGUGAAUUACACACACCUGCCCACUGCAGUAAUGGAUCACAGCAAAUCCCCUUUCAUGCGCAAAGGGAUUACUGGUGACUGGAAAAAUUACUUCACAGUGGCCCAAAAUGAGAAAUUUGAUGCCCUUUAUAAAAAAGAAAUGUCUGGAACUACACUUCGAUUUUGCAUAGAGAUUUAAAGUGCUGAACUGUAAAUUGAAGAAAGAAGAGAUGACUCACAGUUUUUAGAAAUAGAGCAGUUAUGACUUGGCUGAACAAUCAAAUGAUUAUAGGAAGGAAAGACCUUGAUUUUAAAACUUUGGAUUUUUCAGCAUCAUUAUCCGGGCUUCAGUUUGUUCCACUGUCUCUGAGAUUCCUAAAUCCCUAAAGCCAAGGCCCAUCAUU